AUGUGGAAGAACAAGCUGCCUCCGACAUCCUCCGACGAGACCAUCUGCCACGCCAAGCACUACACUGGCCGAGGCGUCAUGAAGUUCUACACCACCGGCGAGGACCUGGGCAAGGACAUGCGUUCUUCUUCGACCCUGACUUGCAGAAAGGCCACAGGCUGUGGACUCAAACUUCGAUCCACCUGGCGGGGCGACACAGGACAUCUUCUGCAAAAGAAAG